CGACACGAAAUAAACCUCAUGCAAAUUUGAGCUCUUGCGGCGUUCAUCGCUUGGCGGCGUACGAGAGGUAUGUGUGAUUAAGUUAAUAUAGACAAAGGUGUAAAUCGCUUAAUACUGGAUCGCUCUCUUUCUCCGUGUACUAUUUAUCUUCUUGGAAUGCCAGUGUAUUGGCGCGACUUAUUAACGAUCCUUCGAUUCGACAGGUAUCUUGGAGUCACUGUCGGUUCUCUUUCGUCCGGUUUCUUUCGUCCAGUAACCUCGAAUUUAAAUGCCGCACGACAAGAAGAUCACGCGGCGGAGUCGAUCGCGCGACCGCGAGCGGGAGCGCGACCGCGACCGGGAGCGGCGCGACCGUCGGCGCUCCAGGAGCCGAUCUAAGGAUCGCAAGAAGGACAGGAAGCGGUCGAGGUCGAGGGAACGCUCGCGGGAGCGUGACAGAUCGCGCGAGCGGGACCGCCGGGACAUCAAGGACAGGUCUAAGGAUGAGAAGAAGCGCAAGGGUAGUCCGACGUUCGCCGAGGACGACCCGAAGAGAGACUCGAAGGGCGAUGCCAAGGAGGAAGAGGAGGCCGAGGAGAGGGCCAGAUUGGCGAAGAAAGAGCCGCUGAGCCUGGAGGAGCUGCUGGCCAAGAAGAAGGCGGAGGAGGAGGCUCGGGCCAAACCCAAGUUUCUCACCAAGGAGGAACGAGCGACUUUGGCGUUGGAGAAGCGUCAGCGAGAGGUUGAGGCGAUGAGGAGGCAGCAGGAGGAGGACCGCAAGCAGUUCUCCCAUGGCGAUAACAUUGGCAAGGAGAGAGAAUGGGACGACAGAGACAGUAGAAGGCGAGACGGACAACGCCUGCGCGACGAUGAUGUUAAGGACAAGGAUAAGGAGAAGGAAGUGGAGGCUAUCAAAGAACGGUACCUGGGCCUGGUGAAAAAGAAGCGGCGAGUCAGGAGGCUGAACGACAGAAAGUUUGUCUUCGAUUGGGACACCUCGGAGGACACCUCUGUGGAUUACAACAACAUUUACAAGGAGAGGCACCAGGUGCAGUUUUUCGGUAGAGGCAAUCUCGCGGGUAUCGAUAUUAAAGCGCAAAAGCGAGAUCAGAGCAAGUUUUACGGCGAACUAUUAGAGAAGAGGCGCACCGAGGCCGAGAAGGAGCAAGAGAAAAUGAGGUUGAAGAAAGUGAAGCGUAAGGAGGAGAAGCAAAAGUGGGAUGACCGACAUUGGUCCGAGAAAGCCUUGAACGAGAUGACUGAACGUGACUGGCGUAUCUUCAGAGAGGACUACAACAUUACGAUAAAAGGUGGUCGCAUUCCCGACCCCAUCCGCUCUUGGAAGGAGUCCGGCUUCCCAAAGGAGAUCCUAGAUAUCAUUGACAAAGUUGGCUACAAAGAUCUCACGCCCAUUCAGCGACAGGCUAUUCCUAUUGGCCUGCAGAAUCGCGAUAUCAUCGGCGUUGCCGAGACUGGCUCGGGCAAGACCUUAGCUUUCCUGAUUCCUUUACUACUGUGGAUCACUAGCCUGCCGAAAAUCGAGAGGCUCGAGGAAGCAGAUCAAGGACCUUACAGUAUCAUCCUAGCACCCACCCGUGAGUUAGCGCAACAAAUAGAAGAAGAGACAAACAAAUUUGGUCAACCGUUGGGCAUUCGAACUGUCGUGGUGGUGGGUGGUCUGUCGAGAGAGGAGCAAGGUUUCAGAUUACGAAUGGGCUGUGAGAUCGUUAUUGCUACACCUGGUCGAUUAAUAGACGUUUUAGAAAAUCGAUAUCUCGUGUUGAACCAGUGUACUUACAUCGUACUCGACGAGGCUGACAGGAUGAUAGACAUGGGUUUUGAACCAGAUGUUCAGAAAAUUUUGGAGUAUAUGCCUGUGACAAAUUUGAAGCCGGAUAAUGAGGACGCAGAGAAUGAGGAGAAACUUUUGGCCAACUACAACACAAAGAAGAAAUACCGACAAACGGUGAUGUUCACUGCCACGAUGCCACCGGCAGUGGAACGACUUGCCAGGACGUAUCUGAGGAGGCCGGCGGUAGUGUACAUUGGCAGUGUCGGUAAGCCGACAGAACGCACCGAGCAGAUAGUCCACAUAAUGGGUGAAGCCGAUAAGCGAAAGAAACUCAUGGAGAUACUCAGCAGAGGCGUUGAGCCGCCUGUCAUCAUAUUCGUCAAUCAAAAGAAGGGCGCGGACGUCUUAGCGAGAGGCUUGGAAAAAUUAGGAUACAACGCUUGCACUCUACACGGUGGCAAGGGUCAAGAACAGCGAGAGUACGCUCUAGCGUCUCUUAAGAGCGGAAGCAAGGACAUUCUGGUGGCAACUGACGUUGCGGGGCGAGGUAUUGACAUCAAGGAUGUGUCAAUGGUCAUUAAUUACGACAUGGCUAAAACUAUCGAGGAUUACACGCAUAGGAUCGGUCGAACUGGUCGCGCCGGUAAAGCCGGCCUCGCCAUUUCUUUCUGCACGAAGGACGACAGCCAUUUGUUCUAUGAUCUUAAACAAACGAUCCUCUCUAGCCCAAUAUCUACUUGUCCACCGGAAUUGCUCAAUCAUCCAGAUGCUCAGCACAAGCCUGGAACGGUGGUUACAAAGAAACGGCGGGAAGAGAAGAUCUUCGCCUAAUUUUUCUUUAUGCAGACGCUUUGCAACUCUUAAAAUUAAAACAGAAUACCAAAGGUCUGCGGUAUUGUCAAGGAUAUAAAACAUUAUAUGCAUGCGUGUAGAUUAUGAGUAGGUCCUGAAGUCUCUAAUUGUAGAGAUUCACGAAUACAGAAAUUGUUUCGACAAGACAAAAAUUCAAGGAUUUGACUUGUACUUCUUGUAAAUUAAUGUUAAAGUGGAUUUUCGUAAAAGGAAACAAGAUAACAGUUGCUUUGAGAUGUUAGUGAUGUAAAUAAUCAUUGGCGCGAGACACUACCGUGUCUUGUGAUAAUGUGCAUAAAUAAAGUUAUUGCUAUAUUACGUAUGAAUUGUAAUACAGCCAGUAAUGAAAA